UAAAUUUCACAAGUAACGUGGCUAGUACGUACAAGAAAAUUAAAAAGGAUCGUGCCAGAAAAUUAAAUAAGAACAGAAAAAUUUACUAAUUAAAGGUGAUGGAUUCGGGAAAAGCACAAAAUCUCAGCGACGGCGAACGCUAUGUGAUAGCUUUACAUACACUCUUUUCUUUAUCUGCAAUCAAAAGCUACACAAAUUGGGAAAUAUUAAAUGAAGUUAAAUCCGCGGGAAAAUUUGAUGAUCUCGUACUUAAAUCACAUGAAAAGUGUAUAUUGUUACAAGCAAAAGUUCACAGUGGUACAACGUGCACUAAACAUUUUACGGCAAUCAAAGGUGAUUUCAGUAUUGCAAAGUAUUUUUUGUCUUAUCUAACCGCAAAGAAAUAUUUUGAAAUAACAAGCAACUCCUUAAUACUAUGUACUGCUGCUAAGCUGAAUGUGGCUGAUAUUAUGGAUGAAUUUGGUCCCGAGACAAAAAAUUAUGCUGAUGAAAACUUGCAGAAAAUAUUUGGUACCGAGACAAAAAAGUAUAAAAUUAAAAAUGAAGAAAAAAUCGUUGACAAGCUUUUAAGCACCAUAAAACAAUUUCAAGAUAGCAUUAGUAAUAAAGAAACCGACAAAGAAAAAAAAGUAUGGAAGAAUUUGGAUAUCAACAGAGAAGACAUAAAAUCAUUCAUAUGUUUUUUCGUUGUUGUAAAAGAAAAUCUAGCGAACAUCGAAUCGUUAAUUACUAGAAAAUUACGUGAGCUCAAUAAUGAUCUGAAGUUUAAACCUUCAGAUUACGAAUAUGUAAAAUAUCAUGUAGAAAAGUGGUCUCAUUUACCAAUUAAAAAAAGUGUGCCUAUGACAAAAGACUAUUUACUGUUUAUUAUUAAUGGUGAAAAUAAUCGACUUUUUCUUCAUAAGUUUGUUAAUUCUAAACUUAAAUUCAAAGAAGAAAAUUUAUAUGAGUUUGAUUCAAAUAUUAUUUGUGUUCAACCGCAUGAUAAUAUCGCUAUGCAUUUAUUAAAAAUUUUCCGAAGCAUUGAAAAUGCAAACGGGUCAUAUUUACCUAUAGAAGAAAACACAUUAUGUUUGAUGCAAAAAAUAGAAAAUAAAUUUCAUAAAAUGAAAUAUACAAUGGAAUAUAAAGUUAUAUGUGAUAUGAUAGACACAUUUAGAUGUGACAAAAUUAAAUACUUAGUUGUUUCGUUUCUAUCACUUGAUGAAGAUAAAUCAUUAGAAUUAUAUGAGAAAAUAUGUACGAUUACUAAGGAAGAUCCCACUAAAAAAGUAUUUAUAAUCAUUAAAGAACAUCAAUUGCAAAAUAGUGAAAUAUCAGUCAAAGUAAUUAACAAUAAAAUAUACUUCAAUUCACUAGAAAAUGAGACAAAAGAACACAUAUUUGACAAAGAAAUUCUCUUUCAAGAAGAAAUUGUCACAUUAAGGAAGUUAAUUACUAAAAAGAAAAGUGUUGACUCUGAACCUGAGUUUAGAGUUCAGAUUAAUGAAAUUGAGAUAGAUGAGGGUCUUAAAGAAAUAAUAUUUAGCGAAGAUAAUUACUCGAUAGGUUCUAAUAUACAAGCCCAAUCAAAACCUGAUGAAUUUUAUAUCACUAGAAAGCUGAUGCUUAAUGCUAAUUCAGAAAAUUUACAGAAAAGUAUAAAUAAUGUUGAAAGAACUAUACCAAUACUGACUGACUCUGACUCUGAAUCUGAUUCUGACUCUGACUCUGAAUCUGACUUUGACUCUGAUUCUGACUCUGACUCAUACGAACAUAUAAGGAGAGAUGUAUUUCGGGAAAAGAAGUUUUUCGAAAAAAUACAUAAAAAGAUAGUUGUUGUUAUAGGUCCACCCGGUGCAGGCAAAACAACUGCAUUGAAACAAAUAGUAUCAUUCAAAAAAGCUAAAGACAAAGAAGAUUCCAAAUUGACAUGGGUAAUUAAUGUUGAUUUAAAAAAGUAUAAACAAUGUUUUCAGAAGGAUAGUGAGAAAACCCUGUGUAAUCUAUUAUAUCACAAUGAAAAUAUAACUCAUUAUUUCGAAGAAAAACUUAUGGAGUCAAUGGAUAAAAUGUUAAUUAUAGACGGCCUUGACGAGAACUGUCCGGAAGAUAUCAAAGAAAUACAAAACAUAUUAGCAGAUCAUAAUGCCUUUCAGGCCUUGAAUAUUUCCAUGGUUAUUAUGGGCGCAAGAGAAUACGAUUUUAUCUUAAAAGAAAUAAGAGAUUUACAUAGUUGUGAGAUAGUUAGACUCCUUCCAUUUUCACGUAGAGAUGGGGCUUCUUUCCUCAAAGAAUAUCUUAAACCUGCCGUAAAUAUUGAAAAUGAUUUAUUUAAAAAGGUGAAAAAUUUUGCUAUUAAAUUUUCACAAUCGAUUUCUUCAACGCCACUAUCGCUAAAAAUGAUUUCUAAAAUAAUAAAAAAUAGCAUACGUAAAAAUGACUGUAUGGAAUCUUUAUCAAAGGUUUUUAAUAAUUUUUCAAACCGAUAUUAUUUUUAUAAUUGUUAUAUAGAAGCAAUCAGAGACGAAUUUGCACAAGGUGACAAUAUAUACCGUCAAGCGUUUGACAGGUAUAUAGACUCGUUAAGAAUUUUAGCGGCUAAUAGAACGUUUUAUUCUCGUUGGAUAGUUUUAAGUUUCGUCAAUGUUGAUGCUAGUCUUGAAAUUAGUAAAGAUGUUUUAAAUGUUGGGUUAUUAAAGGAAUCAUAUGGUUAUAAAAUGUAUCAAUUUGUUCAUAAAACGUUUGAGGAAUAUUUUGCAGCAGAAUUUGUAUGGGAUUACCUUUAUAAAAAUAGACAUAGUCACGAUUUAUUGCUCGAAGUGCUUGAUAAAGUGUUUAUUCCCGCAUACUAUAAGGGUGUUUUGGAUUUUUUUGAACAAAUUUUGAAAGUUAAUCAAAAUGAAAAAAUAUCUGAGAUCUCCAUGGAAUACAAUUUGGCACUUACUAAGGUACAUUGGAAAGAAGAUAUAGUACGGGUAGAUAAUUGGAACUACUUCUUUAUUGUUAAAUUAGUUUUUGAUAAAUAUACUCAUUUUUACGAUAUUUUAAAAUCAUACGAUUGGUUGGUAUUAACAAAAUCUUUGUAUAACGACCGCUAUCGUCAAUCUUACGCAAAAUUUUUCGUAGAAACGGGGGCAAAGGUCAAUAAAGUCAGUGAAAUCGGAUUUAUUAUUCUAAAAAUGCUGUUACUUCAAGAUAGGUUGUCCGUCGUAACAUACGUCCACAGGACCGAGUGGUCCACUUUCGAAUGCGACAACAUACCCGAGGACGAAUAUUCGGUGGAUUUUCUAAAAUUUUUAACAAGAGAAUACAAUAUAGAUUUAAACUUUUGUAAUGAGAAUGGAAAUACAAUCGGUCACUACGCAGCUCGAUAUAAUUCACUGAAUGCUAUAAAAUAUCUUAAAGAGCAAGGGGCAAAUCUAAACAUUUCCAACAAUAAAAAACAAACACUUGUUCAUGUAGCUGCUCAAGUAUGUGCAUUUAAUGUCCUACGAUAUUUAGUAGAAGAUUGUAAAAUGGAUGUUAACGUUUCUGAUGUUGAUGGGAAUUUACCGGUUCAUAGAGUAGUUGAAUUUGGUAGAGUUGAUAUUUUAAUGUAUCUUAAAGAAAAAGGGGCAAAUCUAAGCAUUUCCAACAAUAAAAAACAGACACUUGUUCAUAAAGCUGCUCAAUCUGGUAAUUUGGAAGUCCUACAAUAUCUAGUAGAAGAUUGUAAAAUGGAUGUUAACGUUUCUGAUGAUGAUGGGAAUUUACCGGCUCAUUUGGCAGCUUCUAAUAAUAAAGUUUGGAUUUUAAGAUAUCUUAAAUCAAUUGGAAGUGAUUUAAAUCCACGUAACUGUAAAGGAAAGACUUCAGUGCACUUCGCAGCUGCGGGGGAUGCCGUUGAUGUUCUCAAUUUUCUUAAAGAUGAAGGUAAUAUUUCUUUAAAUUUAGACUUACGUGAUAAAGAUGGAGAUUCACCCAGUCACUGUGCAGCUGCUAAAAAUUCACUUACAGCUUUAAAGUAUCUUAAAAAGCAAGGGGCAAAUCUAAGCAUUUCCAACAAGAAUAAAUAUACACCUGUUCAUAUAGCGGCUCAAUAUGGGGCAUUAGACGUCCUACGUUAUUUAGUAGAAAAUUGUAAAAUGGACAUUAACGUUUCUACAGAUAUUGGGGAAAUACCGGCUCACUUGGCAGCUCUUUCUAAUAAAGUUGAGAUUUUAAGAUAUCUUAAAUCAGUUGGAGGUGAUUUAAAUCAAUGUAAUAAUCAAGGACAGACUUUAGUGCAUUUGGCUGCUGAAGGCGAUGCAGUUAACGUUCUAAAUUUUCUUAAAAAUGAAUGUAAUUUUUCUUUAAAUUUAGACUUACGUGAUAAUGAUGGAUUUACACCCAGUCACUGCGCAGCUUCUAAUAAUGCACUUAAAGCUAUAAGGUAUCUUAAAGAGCAAGGGGCAAAUCUAAGCAUUUCCAACAAGAAUAAACGUACACCUGUUCAUGAAGCCGCUCAGAGAGGCGCAUUAGAGGUUCUGCAGUAUAUAGUAGAAGAUUGUAAAAUGGACAUUAACGUUUCUACAUAUCUUGGCAAUUUACCGGCUCAUUUGGCAGCUCUUUGUAAUAAAGUUGAGAUUUUAAGAUAUCUUAAAUCAGUUGGAAGUGAUUUAAAUCAAUGUAAUAAUCAAGGACGGUCUUUAGUGCAUUUGGCUGCUGCAGGUGAUGCAGUUGACGUUCUAGAUUUUCUUAAAAAUGAAUGUAAUUUUUCUUUAAAUUUAGACUUACGUGAUAAUGAUGGAUAUUCACCCAGUCACUACGCAGCUGCUAAUAAUUCACUUACAGCUUUGAAGUAUCUUAAAGAGCAAGGGGCAAAUCUAAGCAUUUCCAACAAGAAUAAAUAUACACCUGUUCAUAUAGCGGCUCAGUAUGGGGCAUUAGACGUCCUACGUUAUUUAGUAGAAAAUUGUAAAAUGGACAUUAAUGUUUCUACAGGUAAUGGGGAAAUACCGGCUCACUUGGCAGCUCUGUACAAUAAAGUUGAGAUUUUAAGAUAUCUUAUAUCAGUUGGAAGUAAUUUAAAUCAAUGUAAUAAUAAACGACAGACUUUAGUGCAUUUGGCUGCUGCAGGUGAUGCAAUUAACGUUCUAAAUUUUCUUAAAAAUGAAUGUAAUUUUUCUUUAAAUUUAGACUUACGUGAUAAUGAUGGAUUUACACCCAGUCACUGCGCAGCUUCUAAUAAUGCACUUAAAGCUAUAAGGUUUCUUAAAGAGCAAGGGGCAAAUCUAAGCAUUUCCAACAAGAAUAAACGUACACCUGUUCAUGAAGCUGCUCAGGGAGGCGCAUUAGAGGUUCUGCAGUAUUUAGUAGAAGAUUGUAAAAUGGACAUUAACGUUUCUACAUAUCUUGGCGAUUUACCGGCUCAUUUGGCAGCUCUUUGUAAUAAAGUUGAGAUUUUAAGAUAUCUUAAAUCAGUUGGAAGUGAUUUAAAUCAAUGUAAUAAUCAAGGACGGUCUUUAGUGCAUAUGGCUGCUGCAGGUGAUGCAGUUGACGUUCUAGAUUUUCUUAAAAAUGAAAGUAAUUUUUCUUUAAAUUUAGACUUACGUGAUAAAGAUGGAGAUUCACCCAGUCACUGUGCAGCUGCUAAAAAUUCACUUACAGCUUUAAAGUAUCUUAAAAAGCAAGGGGCAAAUCUAAGCAUUUCCAACAAGAAUAAAUAUACACCUGUUCAUAUAGCGGCUCAGUAUGGGGCAUUAGACGUCCUACGUUAUUUAGUAGAAAAUUGUAAAAUGGACAUUAAUGUUUCUACAGGUAAUGGGGAAAUACCGGCUCACUUGGCAGCUCUGUACAAUAAAGUUGAGAUUUUAAGAUAUCUUAUAUCAGUUGGAAGUAAUUUAAAUCAAUGUAAUAAUAAACGACAGACUUUAGUGCAUUUGGCUGCUGCAGGUGAUGCAAUUAACGUUCUAAAUUUUCUUAAAAAUGAAUGUAAUUUUUCUUUAAAUUUAGACUUACGUGAUAAUGAUGGAUUUACACCCAGUCACUGCGCAGCUUCUAAUAAUGCACUUAAAGCUAUAAGGUUUCUUAAAGAGCACGGGGCAAAUCUAAGCAUUUCCAACAAGAAUAAACGUACACCUGUUCAUGAAGCCGCUCAGAGAGGCGCAUUAGAGGUUCUACAAUAUUUAGUAGAAGAUUGUAAAAUGGACAUUAACGUUUCUACAUAUCUUGGCGAUUUACCGGCUCAUUUGGCAGCUCGUUGUAAUAAAGUUGAGACCUUAAGAUAUCUUAAAUCAGUUGGAAGUGAUUUAAAUCAAUGUAAUAAUCAAGGACGGUCUUUAGUGCAUAUGGCUGCUGCAGGUGAUGCAGUUGACGUUCUAGAUUUUCUUAAAAAUGAAAGUAAUUUUUCUUUAAAUUUAGACUUAAGUGAUAAUGAUGGAUUUACACCCAGUCACAUGGCAGCUGCUAAUAAUUCACUUAAAGCUAUAAAAUAUCUUAAAAAACAAGGAGCAAACCUAAGCAUUUCUAACAAGGAUAAGUAUACGCUUGUUCAUGCAGCUGCUGAAUACGGCGCAUUAGACGUUCUAGUAUAUUUAGUAGAAGAAUGUAAAAUGGAUGUUAAAGUUUCUGAUAAUAAUGGGAAUUUACCGGCUCAUUUGGCAGCUCUUUCUAAUAAAGUUGAGAUUUUAAGAUAUCUUAAAUCAGUUGGAAGUGAUUUAAACCAACGUAACCAUCAAGGAGCGACUUUAGUGGACAUGGCAGCAGAAGCUGGUGCAGUUAAUGUUCUAAAUUUUCUUAAAAAUGAAUGUAAUUACUAGACAAAUAGUAACUAGACAAAUUCACAAAACACGACUGAUCUAUGUCAGAGAGUUAUACUAUAUUAUGUAUUGUAAAGACAUAAGUAAAAAAUGUUACGAAUAUUGGAGAAGAAACCAAACAAAGGUUAUACUACUGUAAAAAGUAAAUGAAAAACAUUUUGAUCGAAUAAUAUAAUAAACUAAAAUAUUCAUAAAAUUAUGUAAUCGAAAUGCUCUACAUGUGGUGGAAGCUCUAGAAAAUUUCUUGGUCUAUAGAAGAGAAUAACUCAGCCAAAAAUUGCUUAUUAAUAUGCGAUAUUUUAGCUCUACUCUGUACUCAAAAACCUCUAGAAAAUUCCUUGGUCUAUAGAAGAGAAUACCUCGGCCAAAAAUUGUUUGCGCAAUAGCUCUGCAAAAUAAAUUAAUAUGCGACAUUGUAGCUCUACUCUGUACUCAAAAACCGAAGUGGAUUUAAGUAAUCGAUAUUGGAGAUUCCCACCCAUUGUAAAAUUUUAAGUAUGUUUUUAAAUCAGAGGGUAAUCUAAACGUCGAACAUUUUUAUUCUAGUCCAAUCAACAGCCAUUUUCUCGUAGAAUUUUUUAGAACCAAGGUCGAUUUUCCUGAAAAUUUGUAUUUAGGUAGUAAUUACAACCUUUGUCAAAAUCUACCCUAUGCCGAACUGCGCUUUGCCCUUGGGGUGAAAGCAAUCCCAUCUGGGGGAUGAAAUUUGUUUAAUCAAAAUAACUGUGGAAAUCGAUAGGGAGAUCAAUUCUGAAUAAAAAUUUUUUAUAAUUUUUUUUGCAAAAUUGAUAUUUUCCAAGUUAUUUUCGAUUGAAACUAUGCAUUUUUCAUUGAAAAAACUCACGGUUUAUAACCGUUUUUCAUAAAUAACUUAAAAAAAUUAAUUUUAUAGAAAAAAUCAUUAAAAACAAAAUUGUAGCUAAUUACAAAUCAAAGAGACUCGCAUCUAAAAGACCUAUGUAAACAAAAUAACC